AUGGCUUCUCCGGAACCAGACCCAGACACCGUAAACGAAGCGACACACCACAAAACCCUAGCGGAAUCCUCAUUCACUUCCGGCGACUUGACAUCAGCCCUAAACCACGCGCGCAAAGCCCUCAUCUUGUCUCCGAACACGGAAGGCGUAUCCUCCAUGGUCACCGCCUUCGAAACCAUCAUCUCCGCUUCCGGAGAUGCCCCGGAGUGGUACAAGAUUCUAAAGGUAGAUCCUUUCUCUCAUAUGAACGCCAUAAAGCCACAGUACAGGAAGCUAGCUUUGGUGUUGCAUCCUGAUAAGAAUCCGUAUGCUGGGUGUGAGGAAGGGUUUAGGCUUGUGAAUGAGGCUUUUAAGGUUUUGGAAGAUAGGGUUAGGAGGAGUGAGUAUGAUAUGAAGCUGAGGGUUAGGAUUCAGGGCGAGAUUGCUACUUGUGGUGAAACGUCGACGUUUUCGGCCGUUUGUACUUCCAAGAUUAUAACUUAUAGUAGGAAGAGGAAGAAGCGUGUUGGUGAGGGUAGUGAGAGUCUAAGAGGAGUGCGGGUGGAGGAGGCAGAAGCUUUGGAUGCAACUAAGAGUUUGGAUGAAGGGAUGAUGACUUUAGCAGAAAUGCAAUCAGUGCUAAAGAGAAAUAAACAGAAAAACAUCAUUACAGAAGCAAAGAUGGGAAGGGAGACGCAGGAGAUCUCUUCAGGUGAUGAAACUUUGAUGGAGAUGAGUACUAACAAGGAGAAUGGUAAGCGAGAAGCUUUAAAGAAUAAGAAGAAGAAGAAGAAGAAAACAAACCACAAGGAGUUAGGUGAGAUAGUGGAAGAUGAGGAUUCUGAAUUGUAUGAUUUUGAUAAAGAGAAGAUGCCGAGGAGCUUCAAGAAAGGGCAGGUUUGGGCGGUAUACGAUGACAACGUGCCUCGGUGUUACUGUUUGGUAAAUGAAGUCGUCUCUGUGAACCCUUUCAAGGUGUGGAUAAGCUGGUUGGAUUACGAGAGCGAGAAACUCAUCUCUUGGAUGAAGAACAGCUCUUGUGGGAGGUUCCGUGUUUCAGAGAAAGCUUUGAUCGAGCAUGUGAAACUCUUCUCUCACGUUGUCAACUGCGAGAGGGUUGCACGAGAAGUAUACCAAGUAUAUCCCAUGAAAGGCUCGGUCUGGGCUGUCUACUCAGAGACAGAUACAGGUCAGAAGAGAAGAAAGACUAAGCACUAUGAGGUUGUCGUGUGUUUGACUAUGUAUAGCGAUGCGUACGGUUUGAGUGUGGCGUAUUUGGAGAAGGUUAAUGACGACUUGUUCAAGAGACGGGACUACGGGUGUAAUGCGGUCAGGUGGGUUGAGAAAGAAGAUGUUGCGGGCUUGCUCUCUCAUCAGAUUCCGGCUAAGAAGCUGCAGGAAGAUCAAUGUGGAGCUGGUGUGAGAGAGUCUUGGGUUCUUGAUCUUGCUUCUGUUCCUCCUGAUUUGGUUUCUGCCACUUAGUAAGAACAUAGAUGUUUUUUUUUCUUUUGGAUCUUUUCAUCGUGAUAAAAGAGAACAAAGCAACUCAUGUCAAACAUUUUUAUCACCAAGAUUAUUAUUUAGUUGUAUAUUCAUAUAUGCCAAAAUUUAAAUAUUUUACAGCAAA